UGCCUCUCCUCCUGCGGCUGUAGUCGGGGGGGCCUUUGUGUGUAGGAGGCCAUGUUGAUGGAUUGUGUGGAACCUGGAUAAUUCUUCAGUAUCGCUGUAAGCCGGCCUCGGACUGCGGAAGCCGUCGGCCGAGCUCGUGAUGCGAGCCGGAGAAUAUCGAGCAGCGUAGAGCUUCGGAUAAGUUCGGCUGCUGGAUGCGCGCCAUUGGUCGCGGCUACUCGGCUGGCGACUUGCGCGGAGCGGCAUUGCGUGCUACGCGCCGCGCGGACUGUCAACAACAUCCUCUUUGGGGUUUUUUUUUUCGUAUCGGAACACCAGAGCCCUAUGUGCACUGCCGUUAGCUAAGUAACACACCAGUUGUGAUUGAAAAUCGCACGAUUAUCUAUCAAUAUCAAACCAGGCGUAGAGACGACCUAAAGCUGGACUCGCUUGGAUAAACAGUUCUAUGGAAUUAUGGUUUUGAAUACCUUUGGAGUUGAUGACGGACUCUGUUGUGGCGGUGAGCAGUUUAUACGCCUAUCUUGGUAGCUAGCUAGCUAGCUGCUGAAUCCCUUCGCUCCCCACAUAACACUGGUAGCUAGCCAGCUACAUCUCAGCCGAGGGGAACGCUGGCGGCCAUUCGUCUAGAGCCGGAGGAGAAGGAGCUGGGCGUCAUGGCAUGGGUGCUGAAGAUGGAUGAUGCCACGAUCGAGUCCGGGCUUGUGCACGACUUCGAUGCCAGUCUGUCUGGAAUUGGUCAGGAGCUUGGAGCGGGCGCAUAUAGUAUGAGUGAUGUCCUGGCGCUGCCCAUCUUCAAGCAGGAGGACGCCGGCCUCCCCUCUGAUGCGGAGAGCACAAACCCCCCCUUUCAGUACGUGCUGUGCGCGUCCACCUCUCCCGCUGUCAAGCUGCAUGACGAGACGCUCACCUACCUGAACCAAGGUCAGUCAUACGAGAUCAGGAUGCUGGACAACCGGAAGGCAGGCGAGCUGCCUGAGCUGAACAACAAGAAUGUGAAGAGCAUCGUGCGAGUGGUGUUUCACGACCGGCGUCUGCAAUACACUGAGCACCAGCAGCUGGAGGGCUGGAAGUGGAACCGCCCAGGAGACAGGCUCCUGGACAUCGAUAUUCCCAUGUCUGUGGGCAUCAUUGAUCCCAAGACCAACCCUUCGCAGCUCAACGCCGCAGAGUUCCUGUGGGACCUCUCCAAACGCGCAUCCGUCUUUGUCCAGGUGCACUGCAUCAGCACAGAGUUUACCCCCCGCAAGCACGGCGGCGAGAAGGGGGUGCCGUUCCGGAUCCAGAUCGACACCUUCCAGCAGGGUGAGGGCGGGGAGUACAGCGAGCACCUGCACUCGGCCAGCUGCCAGAUCAAGGUCUUCAAGCCAAAGGGAGCAGAUCGGAAGCAGAAGACCGACCGGGAGAAGAUGGAGAAGAGGACGGCACAGGAGAAGGAGAAGUACCAGCCCUCAUACGAGACCACCAUCCUGUCUGAGAUGAGACUUGAGCCUAUAAUAGAAGAUGCAGUUGAACAUGAGCUGAAAAAGUCCAGCAAGCGGACACUGCCCGCAGACUGCGGCGAUUCUCUGGCCAAGCGGGGCAGUUGCUCGCCUUGGCCCGACAGCGCCUACGUCAGCAGCACCCCGGCAACACCGGCAGCGGCCACACCCUCCUUCACCUCCACCUCGCACACCUCCUAUACUGUCCCUGUCGCAGACAGUGAUUCCUCAUCACCAAAUCAUCAGGGAGAUGCAGUCAGCCAUCCUACUCUGGAGGCUCCCCCACAGCAGCUCAGCCCCUUGGCCUCCAUGCAGGACGUGCAGCAAUGGCUGCAAAAGAAUCGAUUUGCUACCUACACCAGAGUCUUCUCGAAUUUCUCAGGUUCUGAUUUACUGAAGCUGACCCGUGAGGACCUAGUCCAGAUAUGCGGAGCAGCAGAUGGUAUCCGACUGUUUAAUGCACUUAAAUCAAGGUCAGUGAGACCCCGCCUGACUGUGUAUGUGAGCCAGGAGGUCCAGCAGGCUGACACCCCACCACCAGAGGGCGCUGCUGAGGGCCACCAGAGGAAGCACUCUGGCUGUGCCAUAUACGGUAAGCGUGGGGCCCCUGCAGUACGUCUGAGGCUUACUGGCAGCACUGCUGACGAGCGCUCUGGCACACCGGCAGUGUAUCAUGCCCUGUACUUGGAGGAGAUGACGGCCUGCGAGCUUACCCGCAAGAUCGCCGCCAUCUUCGGCCUCUCGCUCACCCAGGUCAAGCAGGUGUUCCGCCAGGGGCCCACAGGCAUACACAUCCUGCUCAGUGACCAGAUGGUUUACAAUCUUCCAGAUGAGAGUUGCUUUGUGAUUAGCACAUUGAAAGAUGAGACUGGAGAGGGAUACCACAUUAUUUUGAAGUAAAAUGGCAAGAAGCGACGUCAGAAGGAUCCUUUGCCAAGAUUUUCUCUUUUGUGGCGUCUGGUUUGAUAUCAGGAAGAAGGACGAGUGGAGAGCCUAGAGCCAGUUAAAUGUUAGAAUCUGACUUCAGGGUAACACUGUUUCAUAUUGAAAUCAUGAUUUAAGGAGCGUAGCUAGGAAUGGCUCUUGGGCAUUGUGUGUGUCUGUGUGUGUGUGUGUCUGUGCGUUUUGUCCCCUCCCCCAUCUUCCUCCACCACCUAUCUUGCCCUCUCUCCCCUCUUGGGCUGGGGGUUGGGGUUCUUAAGCCUCUCUGGUGUUUGGCCCGGCAUUGCUUGAGGUUUUGCAAGCCGAAGUGAUUGCAGCGCAGGAGCCUGUAGUUACGGUGGCGGAGAAGCCGUACUCCCGCUCGCUUUCUCCUGCCAUGAAUUCCUGCCGAGUGAGCUGUGGAGUGGCUCACAGAGGAGGUGGGACUGUAUGCCUGCGCUUGCGCAUGGCGGCCAGCGAGGGGAGCUAAAUCCGCCCAGCGCCCCUCAGAAGAACAGAACAUAAUCAUCCGUAUGUAAAAAGCUGCUGGAAGCUGUUUGACGCCCCCCUCCACAGCCUAAGCUGGUUAUUCUGGCUGCAGAUUCCUGCCUUUUAGAUGGGUUUUAACGUCAUUUCGCCCUGGGUGACCCAUUUUGGUACCAUGUUGGCUUUGGUCCACCUGCUUGCACGUGGGUAGAUGUACUCAGGUGAGAGUCGCGCCCCCACCCUGCAUUCUGGAGGGCAGGCCUGCAGAGUCAUUUGGAGUCUACCUCCUGAUGGCUCAGGCUCCUUCAUGUGCAUCCUGCAUGUCCAUUACCAUAAAUUAUUCUGCGUCAAGAGUUUCGCUAAGCAGGAAGUGAGGGUAAUCCUCAAAGACAGUGAAGUGGACCAAACCUUUUGCAUUUGCUUAAAACGGUGGGGAGUGCCCUCCCCCCCCCCCCACUGAAAAUACUUAAUUUCUCUGUGCUCGCUGUGCCUGACUGUGAUGAUGGCGUGUGACCUCACCUCUGGAAUGUGCCCUCUGAUGAUUUGGCGCAUCCUGUCUGCAGUGCGAGAGCUUGUGCCAUGCCGGUGUGGAACUGGUCCAUAUGUGCCUCUUGGCUGUCGCUGUCUGGGGCAUUUUUCAUUUUGCCAUUUUUUUGUAUUCAUCUGUACUGUAGUUCAUUUUAGAGUGCAUGUUUCUUUUGUUUAUUUUUUUAAUAAAAUCACCCCCCCCUCCCCCCGUCUUGGAAGCCCUUUGGUUUUUUUUUUUUUUUUUUUUUUUUAAAAGAAGGAAAAAAAUUUGGUGUACUUUUCAUGGCAGUCAGACAUGAAGGCUGCGGACUUUGCCUGGUGGACACCUCUGUACUUGGUGCCCUCCAGGACCUGUACUGAGCAUCUCUGUGUGGCAUGCACCUACUGUUGCUGUUCUAAUUUAAAAGCACGAGGGGAAGCGAGAAGGCAGCUUCCUCCUCCCCACGUGAACAUUACCAAUGCAGCACUGAAAUUUUACAGGAAUGAAAAUGUAAACCAUGUGACAGAAGGUGGAAUAAAAAAAAAAGUGCAGAAAAAUGCCAGUGGAAA